UGGGAAUUAUUGAUCACCAUCAGGGACAGGAAUAAAAGCAGAGGUGCGAUUGGAAAAAGCGCCUGCUGAGGGGCAAACUGAAAACGAGGGUGCUGGUGUGACUCCAGCAGUUGGUGGUGCUGGUGAACAGCUGAUGCCCGAGGCCCUGGACACGGAACCCAUUGCUGCUCCAGCUGCUGCUGAGGACCAGGGUGCUGUGCCAGUGGAGGAACCCGCCGAUGCCCAGGCUGCUGGUGCUGCUGAGGAAGAGGUUGCAGUUGGGUCAGGAGAAGCUGCUGCUGGUGGUGGUGCUGUUUCCACUGGAGAGGAUGCUGCUGAUGGUCAAGCACUGAUGCCUGAAGAACCUGCAGCAGAUGCUGGAGAAGAACAGCAAGAAUCCAACGUGCAUCCGGAAUUGGCAGACAUCGGGUCCCCGGGCGAAGAACACGACACGGUGCAACAACAACAAGGGCCGUCGGAUCAGCAACCCAUUUUCCGGGCCGAGGGCCUCGACAGUGAAGUCGAAGGUGACGAUGACGACGAAGACGAGUCUGGGUCCAGCGAGGGCCGGAAAAAGGGUCGGUUCACUUGCCCACCCCCGACUGUGGCAACGACCACGACGACGCCGGCGAGCACGACGACGACGGCAGCGACAUCUACCACCAGUGAGGAAGCCUCUACCAAGAAGUCCAAGUCUCCCAAGCGACGCAGGAGAGAUACGAGCGACGCGAACAUCGGGCUGAAACGCGAGAAAGACGCUCUCCGAUACGCUCUCGAGAUCAAGGUUGCCAUCCCGCCCAAGAUUUCCAGGGCUCUGCAAAUUCACCACAAGCUGAAAAAGUUCCAGCAAUACAUGCGCCUGCAGGAUGCAGCGUCCUUGAAAGGGCGCCUCGGUGCCGCCGUUGAUCCGGACGCCGUCGCGACGCCGUCGCCGGCCAAGUGGCCCGAAGCCCUACCAAUUGGCUCUUUCCAACCCGUGCCACACGCCGUCUAGAAAAAAAAAAAAAGAGAGGCCUCUGUAACUUCUGCAUUCUAAAUAUUCUUGUUCUCCUUUUUUUGUUUUUAAAACGCCAUCUUUCUCGACUAUAUAUAAAUGCAGAAAUUUGAGCCUGUGACUGGAGCUUGUUUUGGUUGCUGGAUUAAAGCAUGGAUUUUUUCUUCUCUGAGCAAGA